AUGGACAACGUCGACGAGGUAUUAGAUAUUGUCAAUCCUGACAUGGAAGUAGAAGGUGGCAACGACGACGACGACCAUGACAGUCUUGCCGGCAGCGUCGGCGAUGAAAGUGACGUCUCGGAACAAGGCGCGUCGGACAGCGAGAGCGAGCAAGAUCUGUAUGCAUACAUUAUACCCCUCCUGCGUCGGUCUAUUGAGAUCCCCUUUAGAGAUGCACCGCCUUUUACAGACACAGGGGAUGUAUGGGGUCGAACCGGCAACGACGGCGGCGCCUUUGGCCAGGCGUGGUCGCCGGAGCCCUUCAUGUCUGGUUCAGGAAUGCGUUUGAGGGCUUAUGAUGAUGAUGAUAUGGGAUUGGAAGUCGCGCGGCAAUAUCCAUCCGCUCUAUCGCCUGCGUCGACAGAACAGAUGGAACCCGAACCAGGACCAGCUCCCGGCGUUGAACACCAGGCGUGGUUGCGUGCUCAAGGAAAAACUGCGUCUGACAACCAGUACCCGUUGGGCAGCCGCGAUCUGUUUCGGCUGAUUCUGACGUUUGUGGCACCCGCCAUUGAUGAGCUCCCGGUUGAGCACUACUGGAAGCCAACGCGUCCUGGUGCUAAAUCUUGGGCGGGAAUAACCGCGAUUGAAGUCACUUGCAAGCUCUGGAGAGCAUGCUUGCUUGAGGAGGGUCGGAUCUACGGCGCAUUUGUUCCAGCUGCGCGCGACGAAUCAUCCUGGAAUUUAGCAGUAUCUCGAGCACGCACCGCGCCCAUUCGGCUCAGAUAUCAUCGAGGGCUUCCUUCAGCUCUGGUGGACAGCGUCAUCUGCCGAGCGAGUGCAAUCUACGCAAGCGUUGACUAUCGCUGGCGCAACUUCGGUCGUCUACUCCAGAACAAGACACUCCCUGAACUCGUUGUGCUGUAUCUGAAACCUAACGAGUACUACAUGCCGCGCACUGCUGCCCACUCGCACGACUUAGUGGUACAUACGCCGAAAAUGCUCGAGUGCGAAACGUCUACACCUCUCGUCUUCUCAGCGCCGUUGCUGGAACGGCUGGGCUUGGUGUACCACACUCUACAGCAGAUCGUAGCUGUAUUGCGCCCUUUGACGACGCUUCGCCGGCUGGUAGUAGAGCAUACGCGCGAGCACGAGCCGGUUGACCUGACCACCCUCCUCGGAAGUACGGGUACGGAACAUCUCGAGCUAGUGCGUAUCAGUGGCCAUCCUACGUUCUCGACGCCAAUGAAUGUGUCGCACGAUGCCAUCCGCUGCCCGAUCCUGAAGCACAUCGAACUACCUGGAGCAGCGCAUCUUGACGCCCCAUCAUUAGCAACUGCUAAGGUCUUCAACACCUGCGCGCCAGACCUCAUCUCCAUGGUGGAGCUUAUGCCCUCUCUUCGCACACUUCAAACGCGCUGGCUGAGGGAGACUCAUCCGCCGCGUGCUCUUCAUGUUCGAGACCGCGGAAACGACGACCCCAUCGUACUUAACCAGCUCACGGAUGUCUACAUGGCCGGAGCUAUGUUACGCGACACCCUCGUCCUGCUCGAGAAUAUAGCUGCCCCCUCGCUCGAGCAUCUGCAGGUGUUCUGCGAGAUGCCCCCCGCACCCAGCCAUGCCAUGCUCGUUGAACUGAGAGGCACCCUGGAGGCGGCUCUCCACCUCGACGUUGGCAAUGACAUUGUCGAUGUGCUAGAAGGGGCACACAGUGCUUUACGCCGAGCAGGUUAUCGUCCUCUGUCGGAUGGCCUCGGGAAGGUGUUACCCUCGCCUGGAUGGGGCGAACGACCUCCGACGUCCUUGCCAGACAUGCUGUUCCUCUUGCGCACCACGAUCGACAAUGUGGCGGAGGCCAUCGAAGCAGGCCCAAUGCCCGACAACAGCGUACUCCUGAGUGCAGUCGCGCGCGCUGCCACGAUUGCGUUCGGUAUCACCGAAUACGACGCCGCACAUCCGCAUGCAGCAGGUGUCACGAUGUGUAUAUGGAAGUCUACAUCUUCUGUACACUUCGAAAUCACGGCGAGGGGCGGUUCCUGCAAGAUGCAGUUCUCAAUGUCCGCAAGCGUUGGGCAGGAGUGGGACGCGUGGCUACCAGGCGGCCGUAUCGACUCUCUCACUUUCGGAGUGGCGCGCAUGCUAUCCGGACUUCGAGCGGUGUGCACGCGCACGGUCAAGAUCGUGGAUGAUCCCUUCGCGCCGCUUCCUGCGGAAUACGGAGAUGCAGACUUCGUGAUGUUGCGCGAUGUUCUUAGCGAGUACGGGUCGGUGGAGGUCCUAUAUCUCGACUACGCGCACUUCUCUCGCACACCGCCGUUCACUCUGCUGCGAGCGAUGUACAGCGCGUCAGUCUUUCCCACACUGAGGCACCUGACCGUGAAGUGCGCUCCGGACUUCGAGGGGCCCAUCGGAUACUAUGUAGAAUCACAGUAUGUUGCCGAUGAGGCCGGGAGCCCAUGUCAAGUACUCGCGUCGCUCUUCGACAUGCUACGGGCGCGUAUGGAGGCAGGUGGGGAACGGCUGGAGUCUUUGUGUUUCGAGGGUGGUUUCUGUUUGGCAGAGGACUACGGAGUACUGUGUGAUAGAUUUGCGGAGGAUGUACAGUGGAAGAUGGAGUGCUGUAGACCCGGAGGCGGGAAGCAUUGCCCGAUCUGUAGUUGGAUGUUCUCAUGA